UUAUGUUUUAUAGCAAAAAAUGACUUUUUGGUUUUCUUGUAUUUUUUAUUUAUAUUUAUUACAACAAGGUUUUUGUGUUCAUCCAUUUCACAAACGCUUAACUUCAUUAGUUGCACUUAAUACACCUCAACGGGAAAAAAGUCAUCAUGGGCAGAAUAAAGAACCAUUUUUUCUAUCCGAGUCAUCGAGACUAAAGAAUCAUUUGGAGGACGCAAUUAAUUUCAAAAAGUUACAUAAUGCAAAUUUAUUAAUACCUCUAUCAACGUUAACGAAAAGCGAAAAAUUAGAUGUAUCUUCCCCAGCGCAGAAAAAAACUUUUUCUAAUAACGGAAAGGAAUACCUUCAGCAGUUAAGCGAAAGCAGUUUAAAUUCAAACAAAGCUUAUAAAAACGAGGAGGAGACACAUAGAUUGCAGCGAAAACAGAAACAAGAAAAACAAAACCAAGAACCGCAAAAUGAGGAAGCGCGAAACGAAGAAGACAAAGAAGAACAAAAUCAUAUUAAGCAAUCAGAGAAAUUAGAAGAAAAAAAGAAAAAAGUUGAUAGUAACGUAGUCGCGGAACAUGAGAAACAAAUGUCUACUGGCAACCCAAAAAAGAGUCAGGAUUCGGAAGAAUCAAUGCAAGAAAGCAUAACAAAUCGUUCAUUGAAACUGGCCAACCAAGCGGAAUGUUUAAACAACAAUAUUAAAAGUCUUGAGGAGGAGUUGAAGAAUAUCAACGAGCAUAAUUCGAAAAAAGAUAAGGAAGAUGAAACAAAGAAAUCUUUAGAGGAAGGAAAACUAGAGGUUAAACGUAUUCGGAACAAAUUGAUGGAGAGCAAAAACGCGGAAGAAAACGCUGAAGAACUGGAAAACAACAAUAUAAGUAAAUUAGACGUUGAGGUUAAAGAGGCUGAUGAUGAAAUGUCAAAGAGAAAAGAAAAUCAUAAUAACGAAAUGAAAGAAAAAGAAGCGGAAUUGACAAACAAAGAAAAGAAACUGGAUUGUGAAACAAAUGAAGCCUUGAGAGAAUUGAGUUUAGAAGAUGCUUUGCCACAGGAGGGCACAGAGGAAAAUUUUGAAGAAAGGAGAGAUAAUUUGAAGAAAAAAGAGGCCGCCGCAACUUCAGAAGGCGAUCUUGCUAAUAUUCAAGCUGAGGCUCUCGUUGAGUAUACACUCGAAAUAGAAAAACUAAUAAAAAAGACCGAAAGCGUUUUAAACAAUGCAGAAAAAGAUUAUAUUGCUUUAACGAAAACGAUUGAAAAAAAUUCUAUAUUAAAUACAACGGACAUCUCCUGCGAUAGUGUUAAAAAUUUCGAGGAAAAAUUUGAAGAUAUUAGAAUACAAGAGAAUCUUUUAAAUGAUGCUGUCUCAAGUGCUAAAGAAACUUUAAAAAAGAUGGAUAAGCUACAAGAUGAGUCUAAAACCUUACGAAGCAACGCCGAGACUGUGAUGAAGAAUGCUAAAAGUAUUUCUUGUGCUGACACAGACCGUCAGUUUGAAGAUGUUAAGCAAGAGACAGCAUCAACUGGGGAUAAGAUAAAGGAAUUCAGUCGUGAGAUAGUUGGGCUACAGACUCGACUAACCGAUUUGGAAGGAAAAAUAGAGACGAGUGAAAGUACUGAUGAAUUAGCACAUGAGGAAGUUGCGAAAAUAAAAGAGAAAUGCCAAAGUGAAAAAGUGAAGUCAAAAUCGUGUUCAAGCGAUUCCUGUCCUUCAACAAAGAAAAUAAACGAGACCUCUGAUUUGACUGAAGGGGAAAACGUGUUAGUUUAUGCUAUUUGUAAAUUAAAGGUCGAGAACAAGCCGAGGCUAAAGAAAAUCGUGAAAUAUGUCCUAGUCUAGUCAUCGGGAAAUGUUGAACUGAAUUUCCCCUGAUAUCGUGGAAUAUGUAAACGGCGGGGUCCUUUUGUGAAACAAAUUUUUUUUUUCUCGCGUUAAACGAAGUUUAAAAAAUAAAAAGUACUGAUACCUUAGGAACGUGGUAUACAAGCCUUGCAAAAGAUCAAUUUUGAACUAUUAUUAAAAAAAUUGAGGUAUAAAAGCUUGGUGUGACGCUUAGUAAUACGGGUACCCGAGAAAUAACUUUCAAAACCUUACUCUUUUUGGGCACUCGCAGUAUAGAGACAGUUUUUAUUAUAUAAAAAAUGUGACUCUUGUUUAAUUGAACAUUGAAUUAAAAACACAAAAAUGGUUAUUAAAAACAGA